GCCGUGAGGGGCGGGGGCUGUGUGGAGCGCAGGCGGGCGCAGAGCUGCCUUUCCAUAGGAGCCGCCAUUAGCGCUGGGACCCGGUGACAGGGUCUUGGCGACGGCGGCCGGCGCGGAGCGGGAGCGGAGGCAGCCGGGGUUGGUCCCCGUUUGAUGGAUCCCCGGAUCGCCUGGUUCCAGCCAGAGCAGCUCGGCCCCUCGAACCGCCUGUGGAUGCAGAUCUGGGAGACCACGCAGGGGGUCCGCAACCUGUACUUCCAGCAGCAGCAGCGGCAGCAGAGCGCUCCCGCCGGGGUGGGCCCGGCCUCCCCGCCCGGCAUGUACCGCGUCCCCCGCAUCGACCCCCAGCCCGACUUCCUGCCGCUCGAGAACGCCAACAACCAGCACAACCACAGCCGCCACCAGGCCGCGCCGCCCCCGGGGCCCACCGCCUGGGCCCGGCCUGCACGGGGGGCGCCGCCCGCCGCCUCGGCCUCGGCCGCCGGCAACAAGAGGAAACGUGACAACAAGGCCAGCACCUUCGGGCUCAACUACACCAUCCUCCUGGGGCCCCCCGAGCAGAGCGGGGCCCCCGCCCCGGGGGACGGGCCGGCCGCCAGCGAGCAGGCCCAGCCGCUCUUCACCGACACCCCUUGGAAGGGGAGGAACUACAGCCCGGGAGUCGUGGGUCUUCAUGAAGAAAUCAUUGAUUUCUUCAAGUACAUGUCUCCCAGACCGGAAGAAGAAAGAAUGCGAAUGGAAGUGGUGAACAGAAUAGAAAACGUUAUUAAGGAGCUCUGGCCGAAUGCAGAUGUGCAGAUAUUUGGAAGUUUUAAAACUGGUUUAUAUCUACCUACUAGUGAUAUUGACUUGGUUGUGUUUGGAAAAUGGGAGACUUUGCCUCUGUGGACACUGGAAGAGGCUCUUAGAAAGCACAAUGUAGCAGAUGAAGAUUCAGUAAAGGUUCUAGACAAAGCAACUGUACCUAUUAUUAAACUGACAGAUUCCUUCACUGAAGUAAAAGUCGAUAUCAGCUUUAAUGUACAGAAUGGGGUUAAAGCAGCCCAACUCAUCAGAGAUUUUAUCAAGAAAUAUCCUGUAUUACCAUAUCUAGUUUUAGUAUUAAAACAGUUCCUGUUACAGAGGGACCUUAAUGAAGUAUUCACAGGUGGAAUUGGUUCUUAUAGUCUUUUUUUAAUGGCUGUCAGCUUCCUCCAGCUACAUCCCAGGGAAGAUGCCUGCAUCCACAGUGCCAACUAUGGUGUCCUUUUAAUAGAAUUUUUUGAAUUAUAUGGACGUCACUUCAAUUACCUGAAGACUGGAAUCCGAAUAAAGGAUGGUGGUUCAUAUGUGGCUAAAGAUGAAGUGCAAAAGAGUAUGCUGGAUGGCUAUAGACCAUCAAUGCUAUAUAUUGAAGAUCCACUACAGCCAGGUAAUGAUGUUGGGAGGAGUUCAUAUGGUGCCAUGCAAGUGAAACAGGCCUUUGAUUAUGCAUAUGUUGUUUUGAGCCAUGCUGUAUCACCAAUAGCUAAAUGUUAUCCCAACAAUGAAACGGAAAGUAUAUUAGGUAGAAUAAUUAGAGUAACGCAAGAAGUGGCCUCAUACAGAGAGUGGAUAUCAAAACAUUGGGGAAUGCAGAGUAGGACUGAGUCUUCAUGCAAUGGUAAUGGAGUAACUUUGAUAGUAGAUACUCAGCAGCUGGACAAGUGUAACAAUAAUCUCUCUGAAGUGAAUGAAGCACUGGGAAAAUCUAGAAGUAAAACUUCAGAAACACUCAGUAAACAUUCUUCAAACUCUUCAUCAGGUCCAUUGUCUUCCUCAUCUUCUACAUUGUCCAGCUCUAGUGAUGUAGAUUCUGACGGAACACCAUGCAAAACCUCUAAACAGUUGAGUUGCCAUCAAUCUACUACAAACAGAGUGGGGUCACAAGAAAUAGCACUGGAAUCCUCCCAGUCCAGUGGGAAAAGGCAAAGCAGCCAAACAGCUAAUACAUCCAACAGCACAAACAAAUCUCAGCAUGGAUCAGCAAGAUUAUUUCGCUCUUCCUCCAGCAAAGGCUUCCAGGGUCCAACAAACGCAAACCACGGUACCUCAGUGACAAACAAACAGCAUCAAGGCAGCAAAUCACAUCAGUGUUUCCAUGUCAAAAAGAGGAAACACAAGAGAGACGUGGCCCUUUCUGACCUUUGUAGAUAGUUGCCUAUUUUAUGACUGUUCUUCUGUGUGCAAUGAUCUCAUGCUACAGGAUAGUUUGAUAGUGACUCCUUGGAUCUCUUGUGGAGCUUCAGACUGUUCAGACAUUGAUUAGCAACUGCAUUUUUUUCCCAGCUCGCCACGGAACGGAUCAUGAAGAUAGAUCACUGCAAAAAGAGGAAAAAAGGCUGAUCAUUUGAUGUCAUAUGCUACGACAGGGUCAUUUAGCAUAUAAAAUCUUGAAUGUAAAAUAAAUUUAUCUCCCAUCAGCUCAUGCUGAACUGUAGAGGUAGUAUUCAGUGUGUUUGGCAGAUUACAAACAAAACAAAAAAAAAAGGGAAAAAAAGGUGAAAAAUUGUAUUUUGAGGGAAACCCAGCCUUUAAAGAUGAAAAAGUAAUUCAUGCAUGAUUUUUUUAUUAUUUUUGCAUAUACCAUUUUAUUGUGUGUAUAUAUAGAUGACCAUAUAGGAAAAUUGACAUUUGUAAUAGUGGAUUUGUUAAUACUUUUUACAUAACAUUACUGUUUAAAUUGUAAACAGAAUUUUUCUCAGGAUUAGUUUGGAAAAUCUGAAUUGUCAUCUUAACAUCUAUAUAAAGACACUACUAGUUAUAUUGCUCAGAAUUGCUUUUCCUUCACAUUGAAAUGAUUUAAUAGAACAUUUAUGAUCUUCAGAAGUUGUUCCUCUAGAAAGAAAAAGGUUUAUGGUGGCAAACGAAGUCUCAUUUGUAUAAAGUGUACAUGUACUUUUGUGUAAACACUGACUUUUUGGUCAUCUCUGACAAAUAACCUUCACCUUAUUUUCUAGAGUUCCAUCAUCUUAGGCAGUGGGGGGUUUUCAGUUUGUCUGUCAUCCUCUUCCCACCACCCCGCCAGCAGUCUCCCAUUUUUAAAGAAAAAAAGCCACUGUCCGAAAUGUCCUUUUCGUUGCAGUAAAAGCCAACUCCAUUUGUUAUAAAUGUUUGCAUUCCUGGGCUGCUCCAAUCCCAUUCCUUUUGUUUGUGCCAUUUUUCCUUCAGAGUCAUUUUUUUGGUCUUUAAUAUAUUUUUGCUAAACUCAUGUGGGAGAGAAUAACUGUUAAAGCUAUAAGUACAUUUUCCUAUUAAAAUAUUUUUUCUCAUUCCCCUUUUAAGCAUUUUAUAUUGACACUAAUAAAUUAGUCUUCAAAUAAUAGAAAUAUAGUUUGUAUUGCCUUAAAGACCCAAGCCUUUCCUAGCCUCCUCGUACCACUUCAUUGAAUUUGUUACCUUUAAUCAAAAGUUUUAACACUUUCUGGUUCAGUUACACUUUAAAUUUUGGUUGCAAUAAAUUAAUGCCAUGAAAGCAAAUUAAAUGUAUGAUUACCUUCACGUGUAUAGUUUGAAAAAGAAGUUGGGGGCACUUUAAUGACAGAAUGUUAAGUGGCAUUUACUUCAACAUUUUUUUCUUUAAAGAGGGAAGAGUUUGUGUUCAGCAUACCUGCAUGCAUUUAAUGCAGCUGUCUUGGAGAUGAUGUUUUUAUAAAAAGUACUGUUAGCUUUUAGAACUACUUUUUUUAUAUACAUAUACAAAACAUUGCAGACCAACCUGAUCUUUAAUGGGCAGUGAUCAGUGCAAUGACUUUUUAAAUAAAAUAAUGCUAAAACAAGACCCAAACUAAUGUCAUCACUGAAAUAAACAUUUUCAACAACAUAUUGGUGUUUUACUUCAAAAAGGAAAAUAUAUAUUCCAAAAGAUGGAAAUUCAUAACAUUUACUCAUACAAACAUUAAGAGCUUAAAAAGUGAUGUUAAUUUGACAAUGUUUUAAAUUUUAGAUUCACAUUUUUAUUCUGAUCAGAUAAUUUUUAUUAACAAGAUGUUGCGCUUUUGUUCAUAGAAACUAGUACACGUUGUACCACAUUAUGCAUAAUCACAGUAUUUAUUUUGUUUUAGAUUAUUGUGAAUGUGUAGAUUUAUGUUCACCGCUUAGGGAACAAUUAUUUAUAAAUUAUAUUAAUCCAGUAUUGUUAGCUGCUAUUAGCAAAACUGUUCCAAACACUUAAUACUUGCAAAGAUCUGUAUCGCAUUUACCACACUGAAGUGUUUUUAAAAAGAAUCACCCUCAUUGUUGAAAGCAGAUGAACUCUUAGGGUGCAGAUAUUAGUGUUCCAGUAAGCAUGUGAUAAUUUUAAGGUGGUGGUAGCGGGAAGAUAAUCUUGAUUCCGUUGGGAAUCUUAGGAUUGCCUCAAUUUAUGGUUUUCAUAAAUUUAAUGGAAAAUAGCUUUUCCAGGACUGCAAGUUUCUUUUUGGUAAACAGUAUCUUUCUAAAAGAGAAAAGAAGCAUGAAGGAAAAAUUGAGGUGUAUUUUACAUUGCCUCAAAUGACCAGCAUUGUAUUCAUAAAAUACUGUAUAUCUUGCAAAUCUUUAUUUAAACAGAACAGUUGAACUGUUCAUUUUUCAAUCUGAAGUAAAAUACUUUCAAGACCUUUUAGUUUGCCUGCUCAUUUGUCUUGUAUAUUUCAUCUCUGUAUUUGAUUCAAGUCUAGUUCCUUUUUGAGUUUCAGUACUUUUGUGAAGAUUUUGUGAAUAUAUGAAAAAAUAAAUGUUUAAUCUAAA